GAUCUAUAACAUUUACCGAAUACUGAUCUGAAUAGCAGGCGCUUAACAUGUCCAGUAGGGUACGGAAGUCAUCUAGGCUUCAGAAUCAAGAGGAUCAAACCAGAUACCGUGAAGCAAGCUCCGACUCGGAGGCGCUGGAGUUUGAAAGCGGUGAGAGUGAUGAGGAAUACGUGGUAUCCAAUAACAAACGCGGUAAGAGACCGAUUGGUAGAAGCAAGACCAACAAAAAGCAAAGGGUUCAAUCCAGAGUAUCCAGGAUACCAGUUUCGCUGCGUGAUUUAGGAGAUGAUUUUGAAGAAAAUGGUUUGUAUAAAGCUUUAUCUAAGCCAGAGAUCUCUGUGUACGAUUUGGCGCUCGAGUGGGUGGAAGAAUUUGGACAGGAUGAAGAAGAGGGCAAGAAUGACGCGUUCACAAGUCUAUUCAAUCUCUUGUUAAGAUGUUGUGGAUGUGUAUCACUUGCAGCAUCCCAUGAUCUUGUCAAUCUAGACUCGGCUUCAGAAACAAUUGCUGAAAUAUCUAUGAUGUUUGAAAAACAGAAAUUUCAUGAGUAUCCAUUCAUUUCUAAUAAUAAAAACUUGAAGUUUUUCAAAAAAAACGUUAUUGAAUUUUUCGAUAAAUUGAUUGAUAUUUCUCAUGAAAAGGGAAUAUUAUAUAAAGAUCCUAAUGCUAUCAAGGAUGAUGCAGACGCGGAUGACAAUGAAGAGGUGUCAUUGGCUUCUUCAUUUAUGAUUCAAGCUUUGACGUGGCUCUCAUCGUUAAGCUCUUGUAAUAUAAGACCUUUCCGCUAUGUGAGUACGGUUAUUGUUUUGAAUAUUCAUAGUAAGUUAUGUGAUUUGAUCCUCAAUGUCACUAGCUCGUUGGAAAAACAACAACGCCAGCUUUCAAAUACUAAAUCAAGUUCUAAAUCGAAAAAAAACAAAAAAGCUCAUGAAAAGAAAGUCGAAGUAAUCACAAAUAGUAUUCAAUUAUAUCAUAAUCAAAAAGAAACAAUUUUAGAGUAUUUUACCGAUAUUGUUGAUACGGUAUUUAUCCAUAGGUAUCGUGACGUUGAUCCAUUGAUCAGGUCCGAAUGCUUGAAAUGCCUUGGGUAUUGGAUGAUUACUUAUCCCGAUCAUUUCUUUCAGUCAUCUUUCCUCCGUUACUUUGGCUGGCUCUUAUCAGAUCCUUCCGAACAAGUAAGAUCAGAAGUAACUAAAGUUCUACUAAAGUUAUAUAAAAAUUCGAAUCAAAAUGAUCAAAAUAUGGGUAUCAGUUUUAGACAAUUUACUGAACGGUUUAAAAAACAACUCAUAAAUAUGAUUAAGAAAGAUAAAGAUUUUAAUGUCAAGUUCAAUUUGGUUAAUGUCUUAUGUGAAUUACUAAGAGCUGGCUUCUUAGAUGAAUCUGAUAUUUAUGAUGUGGCUCUGAAUAUCUUCUACAUUAUAGAAAAUGGGUCGGGAUCAGGUAUCACUAAUGAUAAUAAGAUGAAACAAGAAUUGGCUCGCUUCAUUUAUAUAGCUAACUGUGAAAAAGUCAAUAAUCAACUUGAAAAAUAUACAAUAUUCAUGGAUAAUUAUGACUCUCCCCAAUUCGGUGACGAGCCUGGUAAAUUAACUUUGAAAGAUUGUUUUCAAGUUCAAAAUUUAAUUCACAUAUUGAAAACGUCAUCAUCAACUUAUUCAGAUCAUAAACCUAAAAAUAAUAAUAUUAUAGAUAACUUUCCAAAAAGUCAGGAUUUUCCUAUCAGCAUUGCAUUCAAAACUUUAUAUGGACUUCCCUCUUACACUGGUUCUUGGGAAUUUCUUGCUCGCUAUCUUCUUUACGACUUAUCAUCAAUUACUUUCCUGCCUAAGGAUGAAAACUUUGGUGAAGAUAAUAUAGAGAUUUCGGAAUUGAAGUCUCUUUUAGAGUUAAAUGCAGAUGAUAGAAGUCACCUUUUUGAACUACUUUAUGGUGCUGUUUCUGCCAUAUUCGAUAAGAAAUUUGGUAAAAAAACGGGCAGAGAUGAAACUGACGAUAUUCCAAGCAACACAAUUACUAAGUUAGUUAAUUAUUUACCUUCUCUUUCCAAAAUUAUGAGUCAAUCUACGGAACAAUUCCAUAUUUUCUUAAAAUUAUGGAAUUUGCUUGUCGAUAUUCCUUCCCAUGAUGGUAAUCUUUAUGCUGAAUUUAAUAAUUUAGGCCAAUCUGCUGUUUUCAAUGAUAUCAUGGACAAGAUUAUCGACUUCUAUCGUAAUUUCGAAAUCAAUGAUUAUUAUGAUUCCCCUCUCCUUAAAAGCUUUGACGAUUUCUUUGAUAAGUUGUUGAUGGAUUAUAAUAAUGUUACUUCUGCAUCCCAUGAAUUAUCUAUUGAGACCAGAUUACUGAUUCAAAACUUAUUACAGGAGUUGGUCGCUGAAGCUCGUGAUGCUUUCAAUUCCAGCAGCACUGCUGGCAGUAUGGAAGAUGACGAUAUAGAGGACGAUGAUUUGGAAGACCAAAAGAUUGUUUGUAACUCCUUGAUUGAGGUGGCUAAACCUCUCUUAAAAUUGAAUAAGUUGGGGAACUUCAUAGACAUAAACGAAUAUGUUAGUCAAAUUGGAUCAUCUUCUGGUAUAUCCGUCAUUGGUUUGAUAAGCAUUAAACUUUUGAAUAAGAUAAAUUUGCAACCUUUAUAUCAACUUUGGCCGAACAAUUUCCUCAAAAUAAUAGAUAAGUUCAUACAAGCUUUCAAAGUCGUGAUUGAUACUACCAUAAUUUCCAAUUGCUGGAAUCUUGAUACUCUUAUUCAAGCCUCUGUCAAUGAAAAACAAUCCACUCAAUCAUCAUUUGAUAUCGAAAUGUUGUUUGAUGAUGUUAGUACUAUUAUGAAUCAACUAGAUAAGUUAGUGCUGUCGUUGGAUGCAGCAACUAGUGAUAUCAACGAAAAUCUACUGUCAUAUUCUGAAUCCCUCUCAUCCUGCUCUACUAAAAUCGUGUCCAAAUUCUGUGAGUUGAAAACCCUAUUCAGUGCAAAAUUGAUUGACUUGAUGGUUUCGUUGAAAGUGUUUUAUGUGAAGUUCAAAGAUGAAAACAAUUUCAAAGGUUUCAAUGAAUUUUUCACAGAUAACGAAGGUGUCGGCAAAUACAUUUGUAAGGCAAUACCUGAAAGUCUUCAAACUGCAUUUCUAAACGUGUUUUUACAAAAAGAAGCAAGACUUGCCGCUUUAAUAAAUGUUCAAUUGGAUAGAUCUGACAACGAAGAUGUUAACUUUGACGAUUUGGAUUUCACUGAAGAAGAUUUUGAAGUCGGUGAAAAGAUGUUAGAGAAGAGCGAAUUUGAUGACGAGUCAAGUGAUGAAGAAGAUAAUUCAAAAAGAUCAAGAGAACUUGCCAUUCAAGAAAAGAUAAAAGAACUGAAAAUUAAGCAGAAGAGACAACUGGAAGUUUGGAAAGCAGAGAAAGAUUUGUGUGUUUAUUCCAUCAAGAUUUUCAGUCUUGUGAAUUCUGGUAUGGUUGAUAGUACUGUGGUUAAUCGUUUAAAACUUAAUAGCGAGAAGAUUGGAGGUUUGUACUAUAAUAUUGUUCAACAAAAUGAAAAAUCCAUGAAGGAAGCCAAUGUUGAACCUAUUGGUAGUAUAAAUGCUGCUUCUGAAAAUGAUCACUCGGGUAUUAAUUUAUCUAUGGCUGUUGAGAAAGAUAAAAGCCCAGCAACAAAUCCUACCGAAUUAUCAGUUACACCAGAUGAAUUCGAUGAAGUAUCACAAUUGAAACAAGGUGAUAUUGAAACAGACGUAUAA